AUGUUUGGUAACAAAAGUGAUCAAAGCAAACAGGACCCAAUCCAUUGUGGUAUUUGGAUAAAAGUCAUUGAACAGCUGUUCGGACAAGCGGCGAAGUGUCGGCCAACCACCAACAAGGCAAGCAAGGGUCACUAUACGGCACACCUCACGCGGAGCGGUAGCCCUUUGCAGGAGAUCGAUAAGGAGUUCAAUCGCAAAUCCGGUAAAGUAGAAGAAGGAGGAAUGAGCAUCAGUAGCUUCGGAAUCAGACAGCAAUCGAACCAGAAGACAAUAGAAAAUCCGAGCCAUGAGACGACCAUGAAAAUCAGACGUCGAAAUGAGGGAAGAGUAGGUUGUUCGCGUUACUAUGGCAUUAUCGAAAAGACAACUGAACAGCAUGACAUGCGGUAUAUGCCCUCUGUAGAUAAGAAAAACGAAUGUGUGAAAAUACUGGUAGCUGAUUGGCUGUAA